CCCUCCAGUAGGCUUUGUAAAGGGUCACGUUGCGCUGCAGCAGUGAAACAGGAGACCGCUCAGCAUCCUCCCGGCUCGCAGCUCACCUGCUCUCAGUCUACUCUGUCUACUCCGACGUCCACCCGCAGCCAUCAUGACUCACCAGUACCCCGCUCUGACUCCUGAGCAGAAGAAGGACCUGCAGGACAUCGCUCUGAGGAUAGUGGCUCCAGGGAAAGGCAUCCUUGCAGCUGAUGAGUCCACCGGGAGCAUGGCCAAGCGCUUGAACCCCAUUGGGGUUGAGAACACAGAGGAGAACCGGCGCCGCUACCGCCAGCUGCUCUUCACCGCCGACCAGCGCAUCGACAACUGCAUCGGCGGAGUCAUCUUCUUCCACGAAACCCUCUACCAGAACACAGACGACGGCACUAACUUUGCCAAGCUCAUCAAGGACCGCGGCAUCGUUGUGGGCAUCAAGGUCGACAAGGGUGUCGUGCCCCUGGCCGGGACAAAUGGAGAGACCACCACUCAGGGCCUGGACGGGCUGUCUGAGCGCUGCGCGCAGUACAAGAAGGACGGCGCCGACUUCGCCAAGUGGCGCUGUGUGCUGAAGAUCAGCGAGACCACUCCAUCCGAGCUGGCCAUCUUUGAGAACGCUAAUGUCCUGGCGCGAUAUGCCAGCAUCUGCCAGCAGAAUGGAAUUGUACCAAUUGUGGAGCCUGAGAUCCUUCCCGAUGGUGACCAUGACCUGAAGCGUUGCCAGUACGUCACUGAGAAGGUCCUAGCUGCAGUUUACAAGGCUCUGUCAGAUCACCACGUGUACUUGGAGGGCACACUGCUGAAGCCCAACAUGGUCACGGCUGGACACUCCUGCCCCAACAAGUACAGCAGCGAGGAAAUCGCCAUGGCCACCGUCACUGCCCUGCGCCGCACCGUGCCUCCUGCCGUCACAGGAGUGACAUUCCUGUCUGGCGGUCAGUCUGAAGAGGAGGCCAGCGUGAACCUUAAUUCCAUCAACAACUGUCCACUCGCCAAGCCCUGGGCCCUCACUUUCUCCUACGGCCGUGCCCUGCAGGCCUCUGCACUCAACGCAUGGAAAGGAGAACUGAGCAAUGAGAAGGCGGCCACUGAGGAGUUCAUCAAGCGUGCCGAGGCAAACGGCUUGGCUGCUCUCGGCAAAUAUGAGUCUUCUGGAACUGCCGGUGCUGCUGGGAAAUCCCUCUACGUGGCUAAUCAUGCCUACUAAGCAUGGACCUGCCACAUGCAACGUCGGCCUAGUUCUAGUCUUAUAUCUGCUCUGCUAUUCCCUCUCACUCUUCCAUCAGUCACAUGCCUGUGCUGCCUACGAUACUUUAGUUAUUAAAAUGACAACAGAUAAAUGUUGCGGGAGACAAAAUGCAAAAUGAUGGUAUUAAAGGGAACGGGCUUGGUUUUUUUUUUUUUCUUCUUGUUUUUCUAUCGGAUCAAACAAAUCAAAAUGGCUUAGACAAUUUCUGAUUGAGGUGUUGAGUUUUGCUGUAUGUGUAGCUGUUAUCGGGGUGAGAUGUGGUAAGUUAGUGGCUGAGUAAAAGUUGACAGUACACCAGGCUAAUCAGUCAAGUGUUCAUUUAAUUCCUCUUAUGUCCCAACUUUAGAUUUCUUCCUUCCAUGAAUCACUCCAAAGCAGGCCAAGUCAGCAUGUGUGUGUGUGUGUGUGUCUCGGUGUUUCGCUUCUAUCAGAACACAUUGUUGGCUCAUUGUGAAUCGCUAUACUAACAUCAGCAACGACAGUGGGACCAACCGAUGACCAGUGGUAGCAGUACAUCUGUUUAAUGGGCAAAACGGCAAGACGCGCAUAGUGAGGGUUUUUUUGGAUUGUGGAGGAUUUAGAGGGAAAACGCAGAGAGCUGGUUGUGCUUUAAGAACACAGUAGCACUUGGAGAAGUCGGUACUGUAACAUGCCACUGCACACACGUAACAAUUCAUCUUAAUCUUUAUGUUCUGAUGCCCCUUAUCACCAUUAUACCGGAAAAAAUGAACAUCUUGUGUGUCUGUUCUCAGUAUAACAUUAGCUUUAAAUUACAACCAGUAAUUACUGUAUUCAGUUGUGUGAAGUUGUCAAUAUUAUGUGAUGUUUGUGUGUCAACCCCCCUCCCCACCCUCCCCUUACUGAUUCCCCACUGCCUGCCCCCCCCCUCUCGGGAAGAUCAGAUGAGUUUCAGCUGACGGUACGGACCAACAUGUGGGGCGGCGAGCUGGGAGGAAACAGUCACUGCUGUAUUGGACUACUGUGACGUUUGUGAUGUUAAUAUUGGUGUUGAAGCACUUGGUGUGUCAAAUAGUGCAGAAAAAUAAACUAAAAGAAACA